AUGGCGGGCCAAGAACCACAGACCAAGCUCCAGCCUCUCAAAAUGCCAAACGGCAAGCCCCAAGAAAAAGUGGUCCCUCACCGCCCUCGCCGAUCUUUUGCCAUCCGUCUCUACCAUUGGCUCUGUAUUCGUCACUUGUUCAUCUCCGGGCUGUUGCUCGGAUUCACUUUCCUAUCCGCGUGGGCCAUCUGGCAAGUUGAGAAGGCUGCUGAGGAGCAGCAAGUGCUCGACUACCAUGAACAAAUCGAGGCUUACCUUGACGAUGUCGUGCAUGAGAUCCAGGGCGAAACCUUGAAAAACAAGAAUUUACUGACCGAUCCCGUCGUCAUGGAGGAGCUGCUAAAGUCUCUUUACGUAAAAAUGGAGAAGAAAGAGAACAUCUACGUGGGGUCGACGCUGCACAAGGCCGAGAAACCCGAGGACAACAUGAUGUGGCGAUUCUGGCCUUCGGUGUUCUAUGCCUCGAAUAUUUACAUGACUGUUGGUUACGGUGCCAUCCAUUGCUUCACCUCGUGGGGCCAGUUCUUCUCGAUUGUCUACGGCUUCAUCACAAUCCCCUUUUCUCUGGUCGUCAUCCGAGAUCUAUCCCAAUGGAUUCUCGUCAUCCUCACCCGCAUCUACGGGCGUGCCGUCAUUAGGUGGAGAAAAGACCACGGUAUCGAGACGGACCCGAAUGAAGAAUUCGCAUUCCCCAUCAAAUUCACCGUUGUGCUAUGGUUUGGCAGCUGGUUCUCGGUCGCCUUCCUUACCUACUGCUAUGAUGCCAUUUGGGCGCUGAAAUGGGGUGGUCCUGGAGCUGAUUCGCAAGAUUACUUCGGAGCCGUCUGGUAUUCGUGGAUCACUAUUACCUCCAUCGGUAUGAGCGAUGACAUGCCGCUUAAUGCUACGACAUCUCCCCUUCUCUCCCUGUGGUACUUCCUGUCUCUCCCCAUGUACAAAAUCAGUCUCCGUAUCAUCUACAUUAUGAUGGAGAACGGAAUCCUCGGAUCGUUGGCUGUGCUGGAGAGAAAACUGGAGGGCGCCCAAGCGAUCGAAGACGCCAGCAUGGAGAAUGCUCGUCCGAUUCAAUCUCACCGUGCUUCCCGAAUGUCUCGAGCCCAGACGGUAGAGGAAGCCGAGCAGGAGCAGGAGGAACGCGACCGUAUCGACAAGGACGUGAACAACUUCACGGUCGGGUCGAUUGGAGGAUUUAUGAGAUCUCAGGCCGACGCCUAUGCUGGAGAUUUCGGAAGAGUGCGUGUCAGCCGCGAUUCACAUGAA